AACUAGUAGAGAGACAGAGUCAUCCAAAGCCACUUGCUUAUUUUUACGUUAAAUCAUAUUGCAAAGUCUUUAAGAAAAUUGUAUUAUAUACAUGUUCGAAGACUCAUUCCAACUACCGAGUUAACACACUAUAUAUAAAUUCACAGUUGUCUCUCUUCAGUUUACUCACAUCUAGAGAUACAAAGCUGUCUCUCUCUCUCUCUCUGAUCCAUAGCUGCUCAAUAAAUCCUCAUCUCAGCAAAUUAUCAGAUCUCAAUGGACAAACUAGUAAGCCAAAGGGAAGAAGAAACUUAUCUACGGAUUCCAUUUCAGUUUCUCGACCAAACUGUCAUAGCUAUCUUCAAGUGUCUUGGUCUUCUUUGUCCGACAGCGAAGAGACCAGCCUCGUCCCCGGUGACUUUAAAUCAGCCUGAGCCGGAGGAUCAAGAAUAUGAUGUUGACAUGAAAGACGAUGAAGAUGUCGUUCUGUUGACUAGAGGCGGAGGCCGCAAGAAGACCAGAGGAAAGCAAACGGAUAAAGAAAAGACUAGUAAAGGUCGUCGUGGCCAAACUAAUAAAAUACCAAAGGCAGCAGCAGCCAUACAAGUGUCUGGAGAUUAACAAGUCCUGGAAUCGAAAUAACCCAAGAGACUUACCCUGUUACCCAGUAAUAUAUCAAUUAGGCGUUUGCUCCUCUCUUUGUUUCCUCUCCUACUUGAAAACUUCAAUAUUAGGCCUUGUUUUUUCUUUUAAGACAACAAUAUUUGACCACA